GAAAGUGAUGCUCCAUCAAGACGAUGUGAUGCAUCCUUUGCUGAUCCAAACUUAAAACCACCGUUAAUUGAAGAUAUAUCUUUUAGAAUAUGUCGUAUGUUAUCAAUUCUUCCAGGAAGCUACUGGGCUAUCUAUUUUAUCUUUAGAAAAACACAGAUAAGACGUAUACGACAUGUGCAUAUUGAAUGCUCAUGGGAAAUUUGGAUGACUAGUAUCUGGUUUAUAGUUUGUGCGUUUCUAUCUUAUAAAUUAACAAGUGGGUUAUUGUUGAGAUGGCGAAUAAAGUACUCAUAUCCAGCUAUAUUAAUCAGGUUAAUGUCACUAAAUUUAAUGAAUAUGUGUUUAAUUAGACUUUUUGUAUCAUCUUCGUCUAAUAAAAUUCAACAACUUUUAUCUACAAUUCUAGUUACAUGUAUUUUGGCAUGUAUUUAUGCCAUACAGAAUUAUAUAACAAGUGAUUUUUCGCAGUUUGGGAUAGUAAAGACGCCGAGACGACCGAACUUAAUAAAUAUUGCAAUAUAUGUAAUAGUACCUAUUGGUUUUGCUAGUUUUAUUACAAUGCUAUUUGCAUUAUUCCAUAUAGAAUAUACAUAA